GUUAUAUACAAAGCCGCUUGUAUGAGAAAGGACCAGAGGUUACAGAGGGAGGGCAUGGUUGAGAAUUAAAAGUCAACACCUUUGGAAUAAAAUUAAUAUUGGACGGCUUCAGCCCAGGCAUGAAGGCAUUUUUUACAAGACUUACGUGUUGUUGUUUUUUGUCAACACAUCAGUGAAAGUACUGAAAAUAGAAACUUGAAGUUUAUCUUGGGACAAAAAAACAAAUUGAAAAAGUUAAUAAUCUUCGCUUACCUUCAAAAUGAUGAAGCCGUUUUUCUUCAAAAUCAUCUCAGACAAGUCGCUGCUGGGCUUCUUCCUGUGUCUGCUUUGGUGUGUCACAGAUUCCAACACAACAUCAACACCAACAUCAACUCUGAUAACAGCCACGACACCGACAACAGCCCAGACACCGACAGCAGCCCAGACACCGACAACAGCCACGACACCGACAACAGCCACGACACCGACAACAGCCCCGACACCGACAACAGCCCCGACACCGACAACAGCCCCGACACCGACAGCAGCCCAGACACCGACAACAAUUUCAACUACAAUUAAACCCCCUGAUGACGUAGAGGAAGUUACCGUGAAGAUUCAAAAUGAGACAAGUAUAACUCUGACGUGGAACAAAGUCAACAACAUCACGACAUAUUUCCUAAAAUAUGACGACAAAGACGGUGCCAAGGAGAAAUAUAUCAAUCAAAACAAUGGAGAGCAAGCUGUUGUAAAGGAGGUCUCUAAUCUGACAGCUGGGACAGUAUAUCAUUUCACUGUCAUCACUACAUCAGAUGGACUCAACAGCAGUGGAAAAUCAGUUGAAACGUUCACCCGGCCUCGUAACGCAGACAAUUUCAAGUCCAUUGAGGAAACUGAGACGAGUAUAACUCUACAGUGGGAGAAAGUGGAAAACAAUGACUAUCUAAUUAAGUAUGGUUCAAAUGAGGAACCAUUCACCAUGUUAGAUGAAAACUCAGUGAAAAGGAAAAUCUCAGGUCUUACAACUAUGACCGAGUACAACUUCACCCUCUUCACUGUGUUUAAAAAUACCACAAGCAGAGGAGUACACAUCAUUGCAUUCACUGCUCCUCCCAACCCAGGGGACUUCAAAUCAGUGCAACAAAACGAGACCAGCAUCACUCUGCAGUGGGAAAAAGUUAAUGGCAUCCUCAAUUAUAAACUUAAGUAUAAUGGAAAGGAGAUAAACGUUGCAUCUGAGGGACUAGUUUCAGAGCAAUACACAAUCUCUGGUCUUACAAGUGGGACUAAAUACCAGUUCAGUCUGUUUGCAGUGUUUGAAAAUGUCCAAAGCAGUGGAGUAAGAGUGUCUGCAGUCACAGCCCCUCGUAACACAGAAGCGAUAACAGUAGUUGGACAAAAUGAGACCAGCAUCACUCUGCAGUGGACCAAAGUUAAUGACAUGCUCGAUUAUACACUUGUGUUUAAUGGAUCUGAGAUACACAUCCCUGCAUCAGAGAGAAAUCUAGUAACAGUUUCAAAUCUCACCAGUAUGACUAUAUACCACUUCACUCUCUUCACUGUGUUUGAAAAUGUCCGAAGCAGUGGAGUAAACAUCUCAGCGGUCACUGCGCCUCCAAACACAGAAGAACUUAAAUCAGUUGAACAAACAGAGACCAGCAUUACUCUGCGCUGGAAAAAAGUGGGCGACAUCCUCAACUAUGUACUUGUGCACAAUCAACUUGAGGAAAACGUCACAGCAUCAAAAGAAGAGUUUGUGACCAAAACAAUCAUUGGACUUAUGAGCGGGACUAAAUAUGAUUUCAGUCUCUUUGCUCUGUUUCAUGAUGUCAGAAGCAGCGGACUUAACUACACUGCAGCCACGGUUCCCUCCCCAGUGGCUUUAGUGAACGUGACUGAACGCUCUGUGGACAGAAUAACCCUUGUGUGGGAGAAUGUGAGGAAAGACUGGACCUACUCUCUCCAGAUAAAUGGGGAAGAUCACCAUCCAGAAGUACUCGAGGAUGUGGUGUUAAAAGAAAUCCUCCAUCUCAAGCCUGGCACAGAGUAUACAUUCAGGGUGACCACAAAGUUCUUUGAACACGACAGCUCUGCUUUUGAAGACUUCACAGUGACAACCAUAGACUGUGCAGCUGUAGACUGGAAAGUUACGAACUCAUCGAUCACAGGAACGGUUGAAGGCUUGUUCUCAAAUGCAACGGCAUCUAACAAAUCACACAGUCAUGCCAGUCCCAAAGGUAGCACUGUGUCGUUUACUGGCCUUUACCCUGGAGCGACCUACAAGCUAUUUCUGGUAUAUGAAAAACAAUCCAGAACCUUUGAACAGUGUAAACACACACUGACGAUCACUCCUCCAGAUUUAAGUGCUCACUGUGAGUACUUGGCGGCUGGAUAUUCAGUACAUAUCAGCUGGAACAGACCAGCUGGACUGUGGACCGCAGUGGAGGUGAACGUGGCGGAGAAAACUCGCAUAGUGAAUGACAUGGUGGAACAUCAAGUCCAAAUAUCUGGAUUCAAACCUGCCAAAACAUAUAAGGUGUCCGUUGCAGCACUGUCUGGAGAUUUAAGGAGUUCUACACCUUUUGUUUUUUCAUGUCAAACUGAUCCGAGGGGCGUCAUUGCAGGGUCUGUAAUGGGUGUGCUACUUUUUGCUGUUCUGGUCUGUAUGGCUGCAUUCAUUCUGUUGAAAAGAGACAAAACAUUCAUUAGUGGUGCAACAGAAAAGGAUAAAAAGCCUAAAACUGUUCCUGUGGAAAAGUUUCCAGACCACUUCUACCAGUUAAGUGUGGAUGACAACAGAGGUUUCAGCCAGGAAUAUGAGAGCCUCAUGCCUGUUGGUACAGAGCAGACACGUAAGGAAGCUAAUCUUCUUGACAACAAACCGAGGAAUCGCUUCAACAACGUCCUGCCAUACGACUGGUGUCGGGUGAAGCUCACUUCAUCAGAUGCCAAUGAAACAUCUGGCUACAUUAAUGCCAAUUACAUGCCUGGCUACAACAGCAGCAGAGAGUACAUUGCCACUCAGGGCCCUCUGCCCUCCACAGUCAAUGAUUUCUGGAGAAUGAUCUGGGAACAGAGAGUGAAAGGUAUUGUCAUGGUAACCAACUGCAAAGAGAGCGGAAAGACUAAGUGUGAACAAUACUGGCCUGGAGACAGCAAACCUCACAUGUAUGGAGAGCUGGUGGUCACCAUCAGAUAUGAGCAGAAGGAGCUUUUCUGGAUAUUAAGGGAAUUUACAGUAAAACAUAAGAACAGCUCAGAGGAACGCACAGUGAAACAUUUUCACUUCACCGCCUGGCCUGAUCAUGGAGUUCCACAGGGCACAGAGGUCCUGAUCCAGUUCAGAGGACUGGUGAGACAGCACAUAGAGAGAGAAGGGACUGGAGCACCUACUGUGGUCCACUGCAGUGCCGGAGUAGGGAGGACAGGCACCAUUAUUGCCCUGGAUGUCAUGCUUCAGCAGCUUGAGAAAGAGAGAGCCGUUGGCAUCAACGCUUUCGUGCACAAGAUGAGGCUGAGUCGACCACACAUGGUGCAAACAGAGUCCCAGUAUGUUUUCUUGCACCAGUGCAUCAUGGACAGUCUGCAGCAAAAUGAGAGGACUGCAGAGAACAUAUAUGAGAAUGAUGACAUGAUAUAUGCCAAUGCCACUGCACUCCAGCAGUUUCACAAAAGUAGCAACGUUUAACUAUAUUGUUGUCUUUUGUGCAACUCAUUUAAAAGCUAAUGUCAAAUCCUACAUGCAAAGUUUGGUUUGAAAUUUUAAAUGACAAAAGUUUAUGUUGUAUAUUUACUGUAAAUGCAUAGCACACUUAAGAUUUUAAUUUGUUUUCUUAUCACCUCUUUAAUGUGUAAUAUUAGAAUGACUAUCAUGUGGGUGAAAAACACUCCUGAGGACAGAAGAAUGUUUUAAAAUUACAUUCAGAAACAAUGAUCUCAACUUGUACAAGACAUGAAAUAUUUUUUAUUAGAAAAAAAUAAAAUAAAUAAAUAGUACAGA